AUGCUAUAUGAUGUUGUGGAGUUGUUGGCAAACUACGUUCAAUACAUCAAUCUCACAGUGUUGAUAGCUCCAAGUGUCUUUCCGCCAGCGUACAGUUCCUUUCUUCGAUUUGUGGGCAGGGCGAUGAAUGCCAUUUCCCAUGGUGGCGGUGUAGCCGUGACAGUCAAUGGCACUUCAAAACAUAAUAACACGACUCGCAUGUUUGAAGGUUCCACUCUGAACUUGCCCAAGUGGAUGCCCCCAGAUUUGCGUAGGGUUUUUGCCCUCACAAACAUUGUGGCACCGCUUUCCCUCGUCGUGCUUUUUGCGCCGGUGCUAGGUCCACCCCAAUUCAUUGCGUUUGCGUAUGCGCUCUGUACCGCGGUUUUUUUCUUGGCCGGAUGUACGUUGCUUCUUCACGCACAACAUUCAUUGGAAGUGCUCGAGAGCGGGAGCGCACUGUUGAAACUGGUGCGUGCUAUCCCCUCGGACACAAAGGUGGCAAUAGCUGCAGCCAGUGCCGUUUCUGUGGGCUUGUUAGCUGCUGUUGGUCUCACACUGCGUCUCAUCUGGGGGAAGCGAAGGCAGGCACAACUAUUGGAGCAGCUCCGGCAUUUGGAACAGGCUCCACAUUCCGUGGAGGAGCGUGUAGCUGAGUCGCUGAUGAACAUUGCUGCGAGUCACAACGGGUGUGUGUGGAGGGAUGGCGAAGGCGGCAUGGAAAGACCGGUUGAAGAGCGAGAGAGGGAAGAGACCCGUCUGCGUUGUGCGAAAGCAGAAUUGGCGUACCAGGAAAUGAUGCAGCGGCGGCAUGGAGAAACGCAUGCCUUUUCAUUAUGGUGGGCACUGUUGAAGUUGCUGGUACUGUUGGGAAGUGGAACUGCCGCUGCUUUUCUCCUAAGGAAGAGCCUGUGGGAAUCGACUGAGUCGCUUUUUUGCAGCCCGCUAAUAUACUUCCCAGUUAGCAUGCUCCUUCUGACGACGUUCUUUCUCGCGUUGUCGCUCUCAGUUGGUCUCUCAGAGGGCGGUCGCCGGUGGCUAUUUGAUGCAAAGCUGUGGUUUCGGCAUUUGUUUCUUUAUACUUUGCUACUUCUCGUUUCCUUCCUGUACGCCCCGCUCAUUCGGAGUGCCAUCGGUCUCAUCCCCUGUCGUGAUGUGGUUGACAACAAUGCUCCUGUCGCCUGUGGAGCAGAUAAUAAGUCUACUUCCGUUUUGGAGGUUGAUACCUCAAAGUGGAGCACUACCGAGGCACGAAAGCUGAUGGUCGGAUCGAAUGUCUCUUGUGACAGCGUAAACUUCUUUCUCUACGCGUCUGCCUUACUCACGUCAACUACGUAUGCCACAUUCUUUAUUUUACUCUACGGGCUCGUCACACGACAGGCGCUGCUGGCCUUGGAGCACUAUCCACUUGAGGAUUCAGGGAGCUGUUCUGCGCGGUCAGCGGAAGUGGUGCCUGCAAUUGGUGGAAAUACAGCAGAGGCAUUUCACCAUUCAGGAAAUUUCUUUGGCAGAAAGUGGGAACCAGCGCGGGGAACAGUGCCGCGUGAAGGAGUAAGUCAAAGUGGUCGUGAGCGCAUGAGACAUAAAAAUUAUUAUGGAAGAGUUCACAGUUCACAGAAUGAGGUGCACUUUUUGUAUGCGCCGUACACCUUCUCCUGGCGUUACUUCAAGCUUGUUGUGCUGGCCCAAAAAACUGCUGUGGUUAUAUUUUCUGCUGUUAUGCAGGAAGAUGACGGUUUGGCGAGUCCUUGGACCGGCUUCAUUGCCUCCGUUAUCCUUCACCUCGGGAUGCUUGUUAUCCUGGUUGUAUGUAGGCCGUACUCCGGACCCGUAGAAUUCGCGUUGAGCCUGGCGUUGCAGCUCAUGCUAGUUGUACUGGCAGCUAUGGGUUUGGUGUCCUCGUUCAAACCGGCAGUCGUUUCGAGAUCUUUAUGGUCGUUUGUCGCGUCCUGUUUCCUCCUUGUGCCGUGCGGUGCCAUUCUCGUUGGUGGCUUAUUGGCUAGCCGACGCCAGUGUCGUUUAAAGCACAGAAAGCGGACGAAAAGGCGGCAGCGGGGAAACCAAGUUUGUGGCUUCCUUUGGGAUUUUUUAACGUGUGGUCUACGACCCAAACCAAAGCACUCCGGUUCGCACUGGUUCUUGCAUCACAACCAGGAGCCACGUAGCUAUCAAAUCUUUGUACCAGCGUUGUACUUUUCACUCCUUAAGACUGAACUCUCUGCAAAUGCGGGACCGCUAGGGGCGGCAACAUCAGAUAGGCUGCGGCGGGUAGGCUCCAACCAUCUCCAUUUACGGCACAACAGAGUAGGAGAUGGGUUCAACUCACGGGCGGCAUCACCGUCACCGCCGGCAGUUGACCACUCAGUACCGCCUGCGAAUUCGUACUCUACAUGCGGGAGUCCGUCUCCUUCUGCCCCAUCGGCAAGGCCGGUAGUGACUUCCACAAGCCGGAGCAGGGAACGUUGGGCUCAUGUACGGUCGGCAUUGUUCUCUGGAAGGUUGAGAAGUUGUUCACCAGCCAAGACCUUGUUUAGCAUCCGACAAACGCCAGUAACCUCUUCUACGUGGCGUGAGGAAACCUCUGAGCACGGCGGAGUAACAACUCCGCAAACGCUGGAGCCUACAUUGUCUAUUUCGGCCUCCAGCUCGCCGUUGGCAGAAGAGCACCAGUUAUGUCAGCGUGCCAUGACUGUUCUGUUUUCUACAGUAGGUGGCGCAUGUCGUUGGGGGGCGUCACCAUGUGUAGAUGUUCAAAAAAGCAACACGCGCCGCCGCCUAAGUUCAGUGGCGGUCUACGAAAGAGGAAGUUGUCCCUAUCAACUAAUUUCGCGACGCAACCCGUGGGCUUCUCUGGAAGGGCGGCAUUGCGAAGCAUUCUUGGAGCGCGCACAGGCGGUUGCCGCCCGCCAGCGGUUGAUUGACUUUUAUCAGAACCAGAGAGUUCACAUGCUUCGGAAACAGCGUGCGGUCGAUUGCUACAUAAAUGCGCAAGCUGCUCAGAUGGUGCGGUGGCUCCUCAUUUUUCUCGGUAUUAGCGCUGCUGCUGCUGCCGCACUGUUUUUACGAGGUGUACUUCAAGUUGGGGAGAGACAUGUGGUGGUAGGUGUGUUACCCAAUUGCAGUGCAUGA